AUGGCCUCGAACAACAAAGUCCCCCGCCUGCCCCACGGCCGCGCGCCGGCCGACUAUUUCAACUUCGUCAAGGCCAGGGUGCUUAUGCCCCUUGGCCGGCUCGCCUCCACCGCGGUUGAAGAGACCGACCCCCGUGUGGUCGAGAAGGUCCAAGAGGUCAUGGUCUUCCUGAAGUACGUUAAGAGCUGCCGCGCCGCCUACCCGACCGCCGCCCCCCGCGAGCUCUUCAACGCCAGAUACCCUCUCAAGAUGUGUCUGUCCAUGAUCUUCAACCCCUCUCCCGCCGCCGCCAAGAAGCAGUACCUCGAUGCGAAGGCCAAGUCCCGCGCGAAGUCGCUCCACGAGUGGGCUGGCCGAGUCGAGGACGCCACGCGCAUCGCCAACGAGCAGGCUGCUCUUCAAAGAGCCCAGGUCAUGGCUGAAAUUCAGGCCAAUCCUAUGAAGCCGAACGGCAGUCUGAGACCCCCCACCAACCACCCCAUCUGGGGACGCACCGGCAUCAUGCACGGACUCGCUCUCCGGCCCGGUGAUCGAUAUACCGUCGUACUCGACCCGCACUGCGCCGACGAAAAGCGCCCCGCCAACGUCCACGGCCAUAACGGCCUCCAAGUCGGCGACUGGUUCCCGUCGCAGUUGUCGGCGCUCUUCCACGGCGCUCACGGCCACUCGAACGCCGGCAUCUACUUCCAGGGCGAGGAGGGCGCCUUCUCCGUCAUCGUGGCCGGCGCGUACAAGGACCUCGACGUCGACUCGGGCGAGACUGUCCUCUACUCCGGAUCCAACGCCCACGAGAGCAACGACAGGGAUAACAUCCUGCCCAGCACCGAGGCAACCAAGGCUCUGGCCACCAACUGGGUCUCCGGCAAGCCCGUCCGCGUCCUCCGCAAGGCGCACAAGGACUCCGAGUGGGCCCCUUCACACGGGUACCGCUACGACGGCCUCUACGAGGUCGUCGAGAAGAUCUUCGCGCACAACGACAACAACGGCAUGUUCGAGCAGUUCGAGCUGCGGCGCCUCGACGGACAGCCUCCUCUCGAGAGCUUGAAGAACAUCCCCAGCCAGCGCCAGGUCCGCGACCUCAUCAAGUCCAAGGAGCGCUACUAA